CUUUCGCUCAAAGGGAAACCGAGUCCACAAGGGGAGGAGUUUUAGGGUACCAUCCCCGGGCAGGGGACCGGCUAUAUGCCCCCUCCGACCCCGAUCCCAGGAGGGAGCGAGGCUUGAGCCCAGACCCCCGACCAAAGACCAGCCCCGGAGCCCCAGCCGAACCCGAGCUGCCCAAAGCCAUGACAGGGAAGCAGAGCGAGGGGGACCCGGGAGAGGGAGACCUGGGGCUGGGGGACCUUACCCCCGAGGAGCUGAGCGAGGGGCAGGCGGCCGCCCUGGUGCUGGAGGAGAUGCUGGCCCUGAUGUCUCAGAGCCUGGUGCAGACCGAGAUCGGGGAGCUGUACCACGAGGUCCGCCAGCUGGGCCAAGGCCGCUUCGGCCGCGUCCUGCUGGUCUCCCACCGCCGCAGAGGCUCGCUGAUGGCCCUGAAGCUCCUGCCCAAGGAUCUGACCCCCCGGCACAGCUUCCUGUACGAGUUUUGCGUGGGACUGGCCCUCGGCUCCCACCCGGGCAUCGUGACCAACUUGGGCAUCGGCCUGGAGUCCCACGACUGCUACGGCUUCCUGACGGAGGCCGCCCCGCAGAGGGAUCUCGUCGCCUUCAUCCAGCCCAAGGCCGGCCUCCCGGAGCCCGCGGCUCAGCGCUGUGCGGAGCAGUUAGCCGCGGCCCUGGAACACAUCCACUCGCGGGGCCUCGUGUACCGGGACCUGAAACCCGAGAACGUCCUGGUAUUUGAUCCCGAGUGCCAGAGGGUCAAACUGGCCGACUUCGGCCACACGCGGCCCCGGGGAACCCUGCUGCGCUUGGCCGGGGGCCCCAUCCCCUACACCGCUCCCGAACUCUGCGCCCCGCCCCCCCGGCCCGAAGGCCUCCCCAUCCAGCCCUCCCUGGACGCCUGGGCCCUGGGCGUCGUGCUCUUCUGCCUACUGACCGGCUAUUUCCCCUGGGAACGCCCGCUGCCCGGCGACCCGUCCUACGAAGAGUUCGCGGCCUGGCAGGCGUCCGGCCUCCCCCGGGACCGGCCGCCCCCGUGGGCAGGGCUGGCCCCUCCGGCCACGCAGCUGCUGAGGGGGCUCCUGGCCCUGAGCCCCCGGGAGAGGAGGGGCGUGGGCUCCAUUCGAGGGUACCUGGGCAAGGCUUGGAGGGAGCCAGGCCGGGGCAAGGACGGCGAGGGCGAGCGGGGAGAGGAGGAGAGCGAUUCACAGUGACCGGGGUUGGCGGGGAAGGGCUGGGGUCUCCCACCCAGG